GCUGAUUUCAUUAUCUAUUCCGUGGUAUCGACUGAAUCGACUGAGGUGCCUCCAUAGCGCAUCAUCCAUCAAUAUCCCCUGGACCCAGCACAGCCGGUCAUCACCAUGGGUUGUAUGCAUUCCAUGCCCAAGCGCUCCGAUUUCGAUUCCGAUUAUGAUCGCGAUUCUCUAUAUCACGAAAUCCACCCUCUCAGUACUCCGUCACGCCGGCAGCGAAAAGACGUCAUGAUGGGAGGAGGGGCACAAAUGCCGUUACCGCCAGCACAUCAUGCCCGUGGCUUCGCCGCGGAUUUCCACCCAUUCGAGGACUCUAGACCUUCUAUUCGCCGCAAUAUGGCUUCGAAAAUCAAUGAGUCACUACGUUCAGGCCCUUAUCCGAGAGUUGGUAGGGUUGCGGUGCCAACUAUCAUUGUAACCAGACCAAGUGCCAAUGGCAACACGAAUCAUCUUAUUCGUCCCUUUUAAAAUAGGGAGGUUAUGACAUCCUCAGGGCUGAUCCCUCAAAGUUGGAGGCACCUAUGCCGGCCUAGUAUCAACACACCGUCGCACACCUUCUAUAAGCGGUGGAACCACCAUGGAUAUGGACGAUGGGCGGAAUAAAUUGGUCUUCUUAAUCAUUCAGUCACCAGCUCGGAGGUCGGAGGGGAGCUGCUAAACCCUAGAUCUAGAGAGAAAGAGUCGUCUGAAAUGAAUGGUCGAAUAGUGAAC